GGUUUUGAGGGGUUCUACAUGUACUUUACACUAAAACUGGUUAUGAGCCCUCCUCUUGCCAGAAGCAUUUAUUCAGAUUAGGCGAUAGUUUUCAUAUUAUAAGUUCACUAAGUAUUUUGUAGCAUAAACAAAAUGUUGAUAUUGAAGCGAUCAGACGCGCUUGCACAGGUGAAGAUGCAGUGAUUAGUUAUGUCAAGGUACAGGCUGUCUAGGUGGGUUGAUGCUCAAAUCAGGGACUUAUGAUUUUAUUUUUCAUUCACUUAUACGUAACUGGCUGCAUUCGUGCAAUAAUUUCGGAAUUAUAGCAUCAUAACAGUCACCUUAGCACCCGCCCUUUGGUUUUAACUAUCAAGACGCACGGCGAUGGUAUCUCCAUGUAUCUACAGAGGUUGGGUUGUGCUGGGGAUUGCAACCCUUCUAUUUAUGACUCAAAAGGGAAUUGAGGUGUCGUGGGGGACAACCAUUUUGUGUUUUCAACAGGAUGAAGAUUUUCCACAGUCGACUCUCGCAUUGCUAGGGACCCCGCUCUCAGUGUUCCUAGCGUUCAAAGUCUCUCUCAGUAACCUUAUCUACAUGGCACUGUUUAAAUAUGGACAGUUGAGUCUUCGGCAAUUUACAGCUCUUGGAGUAUCCCUUAUGGUGCUGGGACUGUUUCUGACGUCUUUUGCCGACAGUCCACAGUUUGUGGCUGCAUCUUUUGGUAUUCUUUCGGGAAGUGGCACUGGAGUUUUAAUAGUUUGCACGUAUAUAGUGAUAGCACUUUGGUUUCCAUGGUCUCACCGGUUUCAUGUUUUCUCAACGAGUGUGUUGUCUGCAAUGGAUCCCCUUGGUAUAACGGUAGUAAAUGUUGUCGUUGCUAACAUGUGCGCCGACCCCUCACUAGGAUGGCGCUGGGCAUUUCGACUUUGUGCUGCGGUUUUUGGCUCCAUGGGUUCACUUCUUCUUGCGGUAUUCGGCAAUCCCCCAAUAGUGUCGUCCGAACAGCAAGAAGCUAUGCCAAAUGAAAAGUCUUUCAGGUCACCGAAUAUUCAGAAACCGCCAUGGUCUGUGCGUUCUAAAGUCGUUAUUCAUGGAAUCUGGGCAAUAGCAAUAUGCUGUAAAGGAUUUGCUUAUUUCUUACCAAUGGUUAUAUUACCAAAACACUUGAUAGACCUUGGUUAUAAGGAAGUCGACGCAGUGAAAGUUAUAUCAGUAUUUGGGACCGUAGGUGCGAUUGGACAGGCGUUUGCCUCAUUGGUUGGGGAUUAUGUGAAGGGAUAUAUUAUGGUGGCGAACCUUGUGGCGGCUACGAUGCUCACUGUGAAUAAUAUUAUUGCAGCAUAUUCGACAUCUUUGACUGCUGUUUAUGUAUAUUGUGCUGUCUCGGGGUUUUUUCUUGGUCCAUACCUUGCCGGGUAUUAUGCUGUCAACAAUGAAAUCAUGGACGGAGAGAAUAUCUAUACGUUAUUCUUGACAAUGCGUUUGAGCAAAGGAGUCGGAGCUACCGUGGGACCCUACUUGGCAGGACAUAUCCGUGACGUCACAGGCAGCUACCAGGCAGUGUUCCUGUCCAUUGCGUCAUGUUUUGGCAUGUUUAUUUUGGCAACGUUUUUACUCAUAUGCAACAAGAAGUGGAGAUAUUUGAAGUCUUGAUUGAUGAACGAUAGCAAUGAAUGUGACUAAAAUGUUGGACUUGAAAACAGAAAAUGCAUCUAUGUAUUACAGGUCUUAUCCAAAUAGACAUUUAAUUUGAUUUUCACUUUGACAUUCCCAACCACCGGGUUUUGUGCGUCUACACAUAAGAUCUCGUAUCACCACACACGAACAUAUAACCUAUAUGUAUGUAGUUUUAUGCAUUGCCAUUCCAUAUCUUUGCCACAUAUACUGUUAACGUCAGUGCACACUACAUACAGUGGGAAGGAGCCAAUUUGCUCAGAAAAAUGAUAGCUUAUUUCAUGUCACAAAACGUGUGUCAGGGGUAUAAGAAUAAAGAAAUAAUCCGUUGGUCAGUAAGUGUUCAGCAUAUCCCAAGAUAGCCACAUUCGGCGUGAACUUUCUCCACUAUGAUGGUCAUCCUGGUCAUCCAGCCGGUUUAGGUGCUGUGAAGCCCAUGGCCAGAAUUACACUGACCAAUGUUGAGAGUGACCAACACGUUUCCCGCGCUCAGAAUAAUAGCUAUAACUGCCGUUUUUGUGGUAAAACAGAAUAUAGAGUAUUCUAUUUCUAUGAGUUAUUCACAAUGCUUUUAUUGUGAAAUAUAGAUCUCAUACGAAGAGUUGUUAUCCCUUUAAAUAGGUGAGUCAUGGGCACCCAUGCAUCUAAGCUAGUUUUACUGAACGUUAUUAGAUCUAAAUGGACAGUUAUAAAGAGCUAUGGCACAGAAGACCCUGUGCCACCCUUUUCUUGUGGCGUUAUCAUGUAUGAAUUAAGUGUACAGUGUCAAUAGGGUGAAAAGUGUUGCUGAAUAUAACGGAGAAAUGCGUGAACUUUGUAGAUGACCCUACAGCUUUAAGCUGAAAGACUGAAAGAAAACCGUUGAUAUUCAAGCGAUCAGACGCCCAUGUCUACAUGUAGGAAA